AUGACAUCAUGUGACCGUAUCAUUCUUCUCUCUGUACCAUCUUUCUUCGAUCCCCUGUCUGUGCGGCUCUGUCUCGACAACUACUGGCGCAGAAUCCUGCGCGAAACUACGUGGCACGAAUUUUUCUUGAUAGGUGACCUUGACGGCAAGCGGGCUACCAUGGACAUACGUGAUAUACAUGCUGAACGGCAUCCUAGCUGUAAAACUAUGCAAGAUAAAACAUUGCUUGGGGCGAAGAACAGCACUACUCUAUAUGUUGGACAAUGUUUGGAUUUGGCGCAUAUAUGUCGACGGGCAGCGGAUUUUGGCGUGGAAAUGUUAGCUGGAGCUCGCGAUAGCAUCGAUAUCAUGAUAUAUUUCGUUGACAUUUUUUCUACGGUACUGACGACUUUCGUCGUUCAAACAUCACAAAACAUGCAGCCUGAUUACAACCAAGUGUCUGCGCUGCUUCUAUUCGAAGUCUCCAAGGCUACCGCUUCGAAUGGUUAA